AGGAUAUUUCAGGUGUGUGUGUGUGUGUGUGUGUGACAUAUCAGGAUAAUCCGUGUAACCCUUUCGUGUCCGCGGAUCCUCCAGCUCCUCCGUCUGCGGCGCUGACUUGUUUAUUUCUUGCAUUUCUCUGAACAGGAUCGAGUCUCCUUUAAGUAUCGCCUGCUGUUCCUGCACUGGAGCCCGAAUGUGAGGGAGGUGAUGUUUCCAGGCAAACGCCGAUAUCAGACGGAGAUCCGGCAUGGCAGCGGCCGGUGCUGAUGAGAGACGCCGCGGAUCCCUGCUCUUCAUCAGCAUCAGCGCCUGAAGCGACGCGACUCGCAUCCAUCAUGCUCGUUCUCCGUGUGUGAAUAGCAGUGCUUCUGGGCUGAGAUGGUUCGGGUCGUCAGUGUUCUGGGUCUGGUGAUGUUCAGCGUCGCUUUGCUCAUUUUGUCAUUGAUCAGUUACGUGUCCAUCAAGAAAGACUUCAUCUUCACCGCCCCGAAAUACGCCAACGCCGGCGGGCCGCGGAUGUACAUGUUCCACACGGGCUUUCGGUCCCAACUGGCCAUGAAGUUCCUGGAUCCUGCAUUCACAUCGCUGAAUAACGCGCUCAACGAGAACCUGCAGGAGUCCAGCAGCUGGAGGUUCAACAAGAGUGCUUAUUUACAGCAGAGUAAAGAGAUUGCCCAGUACAUCGACAUCCCGCACAACUUCACGCUGACCAAGAGCAGCGUCCGCGUGGGUCAGCUAAUGCACUACGACUACUCCAGUCACAAAUACGUCUUCUCCAUCGGCGAGAACCUCAGGUCUCUGCUCCCGGACUCGUCUCCCGUUCUUAACAAGCACUUCAACACCUGCGCGGUGGUGGGAAACAGUGGCAUCCUCACCGGCAGCCGCUGCGGCGCGCAGAUCGACAGCUACGACUUCGUCUUCCGCUGCAACUUCGCUCCCACCGAAGUCUUCCGUCGCGACGUGGGCCGCCGGACCAACCUCACCACCUUCAACCCCAGCAUCCUGGAGAAAUACUACAACAACCUGCUGACCAUCCAGGACAGGAACAACUUCUACCUGAGCCUGAAGAAGCUGGACGGCGCCAUCCUGUGGAUUCCCGCCUUUUUCUUCCACACGUCGGCCACGGUCACGCGCACGCUUGUGGAUUUCUUCGUAGAGCACAAGGGCCAGCUGAAGGUGCAGUUAGCCUGGCCGGGAAACAUUAUGCAGUACGUCAACAGGUAUUGGAAGACGAAGCAGCUUUCGCCGAAGCGUCUGAGCACAGGGAUCCUGAUGUUCACGCUGGCCUCGUCUCUGUGUGAACAGGUGCAUCUGUACGGAUUCUGGCCCUUCGGCUGGGACCCCAACACGGGCAAAGAGCUGCCCUACCAUUACUACGACAAGAAGGGCACCAAGUUCACCACCAAGUGGCAGGAGUCGCACCAGCUGCCCACUGAGUUCAAACUGCUCUUCAAGAUGCACGCAGACGGCGUCCUCAAACUCAGCCUCUCCCACUGCACCUGAGGUCAGAGGUCAGGGUCAGAGGUCAGCGGUCAGGAUGCAGGGUCGUUCGGUUCCGCUAAUGGACGCUUGUUGGGAUUGCUGUGGAUUUUAUUUCUACAACUGUCGACAUGAGCUCAGUGGUGUUAUUGGUAACUAAUGAUAUCAGUGUUAGUAUCGAGGUGAUCAGCGAUCGAAAGGAAAGUUGGUGACACUUUACAAUAAGGUAACAUUAGUUAAUGCAUUAACUAACAUCAACUAACACAUUCGCUACAGGAUUUUUUUAGCCUUAGUUAAUAAAAAUACAAAUGUUCUUUGUUGGUUAAUGUUAGCUCAUCCA